AUGUUCGCCAAGAUUGCUCUUCUCGCUCUCGUCGCCGCCUGCAUGAUCUCUACUGGAACCGAAGCCCAAUACUUGGCCUCCCCAGCUUACGGAUACGCCGCUGCCUACCCAUCAUACGCCGCUUACUCUCCAUACUACUAUGGAGCUUACGCCGGAUACGCCGCCUACCCAAGCUACUACGGAUGGGGAAGCAACAAGAACGGAGCCCCAGCUGCCAACGGAAACGGACCAUCAAACCCAUCUGGACCAUCCCUUACCAACAACCAAUAA